GGAAAGAGAAAAAGCAAAGAAAUGGCAGAUGCUAAAGUGACAAAAGAGCUCCGCACCGAACGCAUGCCGACGCGUUUCCUCCCGACCUGUUACCCCCAAACAACCCAUCACAUUUCCACCUUCCAUGCUCCGUUCCUCUUUUUCUCUCCCCAAUCCCCGUUCCUCUUCCCCUCAUUCCAAUUCCCAUGUGUUGUAAAAUUGUGGAAACUGUGAUGUAGCAGCUUCAGGAAAAGUCCAUCCAAACAAAAACAUCCCCACAUUCCAGCAUAUCCCAACCCCACACCUUCCUCAGCGAAGAGAGCGCAAUUAACUGCCACUAUCUCAUUUUCUGUUAUUUAUUUAUUAUUUAAAAUAAUUAUCAUCUCACUCUCCCACUCUCUGUAUCUCCCCCUCCUCACCCCCUCUCUCUGUUUCAAUCUCCAUCUCCAUCUCUCUCUAGAUAAACCAUUACCUUGAAAUUGUUACCAAAAACAAAGAACAAAAAGCAGAGAGAAGCCUGGGAAUUUGAGGGUUCCAGAGAAUAUCAAAAGAUGGGAACUUUAUUAAAUAAUCUCCAGCUUCAAGCUCUCUUCAUUGCAGUUUGCUUAUUUUCUUCCUUCUUCUGCCUCAAGAUCGGAGAGACGUGUUCGAAAGACAGCGACUGCGACGCCGGUUCGAGCUGCCAAACAUGCGCUGCAAAUGGCAACACCCGACCCAGAUGCACCCGGAUUCAACCCACGAGUCCCACAUCAAAGGUGAAAGGUCUACCAUUCAAUCGGUAUUCAUGGCUAACCACCCAUAACGCUUUCUCUCAAGCUGGAGUCAGGUCCUCCACCGGUUCCUUAAUUAUUGCUCCCAUGAACCAGAACGAUACCGUUGCCAACCAACUCAAGAAUGGCGUCCGAGGGUUUAUGCUGGAUAUGUAUGACUUCAACAAUGACAUCUGGUUAUGUCACUCGUCUGGUGGCAAAUGUUACAACUUCACUGCAUUUCAACCUGCUAUUAACACACUGAGAGAUAUUAAAGCCUUUUUGGAAGCCAAUCCCUCAGAGAUUGUCACCAUUUUUAUUGAAGAUUAUGUGGAAUCUCCAUCGGGCCUGACAAAGGUCUUUGAGGGAGCUGGCCUAAAAAACUUUUGGUUCCCAAUUGCUCGGAUGCCAAAGAACGGGGAAGAUUGGCCAACUGUCGAUGAUAUGGUCCAGAAUAAUCAGCGGUUGGUGGUUUUCACCUCUAAGAAAGCUAAGGAGGCUUCAGAGGGAAUUGCUUACGAGUGGAACUAUGUCGUGGAAAAUCAAUAUGGAAGUGGAGGAAUUAUACCUGGUUCAUGUCCAAAUCGUGCUGAAUCAUCUCCCAUGAGCACAAAAUCUAGAUCAUUAGUUCUCGUGAACUUCUUCCGCGAUCUUCCAAAUGCAUCAGCAUCUUGCAUGGACAAUUCAGCUCCCUUACUAAGCGCGUCGAAAACUUGCUAUGAAGCAGCCGGGAAACGGUGGCCGAACUUCAUUGCUGUUGAUUAUUAUGAGAAAAGUGAUGGUGGGGGAGCUUCAGAAGCAGUGGAUGAAGCCAAUGGCCAUCUGACAUGUGGCUGUGACAGAAUCACUUACUGCAAGGUAAACGGUGGUAACGUUACAUUUGGUUCAUGCGACGUCCCCAAACUUGCUCCACCGCCACCUGCCGCCGCCGCCGCCAUCACAUCCGCUCUACCAAGUCCCAGUAACUUCGCUUCUCAGGGACAAUCAGUCCACUUGCUUUGGUUGUCUGGAACAAUUUUGGCUACAAUUCUCUCAAUUCGGGUAUAAUUUGUUAUCUACUUUUGAUUGCUACCUCCCUUGUAAUUUUUAAACCACACGAUACAUUUUUUUGGGAGAAAAAUUGAUGCCUCCAUUAUUUUGGGGUCUGAGGUAAAUAUCUAUUCAAUAUUGUAACAAGUUAAUAUAUUUUGUACAAUCAGUUUCU